CAAACAAAAAACAAAAUUCUCUCUCUAUAUCUGUCUCUCAUUCUCACUCUAUCUCUUUCUUUCUCCAUCUCUUUCUCUCUCUAUAUAGAGAGUUUGUCCUUGUCUUCACCGAAUACAUAUGGACCUUUCGCACAUCAAUUUAGUCAUCGUCAAAGUGUCAAUGGUCCAUAAAUAACCAUCAGUCAAGCUUAAAAUUCACGCCAUUGAAGUGGUUUUUGAUCGUCCUAGAGUGAUUCAAUUCAAUUCUCUCAGUUCGAAUCAUGUCGGAGGCUAACGAUACAAGGUCAUGGAGAGAAGAGUUUCCAGGUCUAGUGGGGGACACAGGGAUUCGAUACGCCGCCGCCUCCGGCGGUGGCGGAGGAAUCGGAGUUAGGACCUCGGCGGCGGCAGAAUUUGGAGUCAAAAGCGGUGGCGAGUCGGAGACUUGGAAGUAUCAUGCGGUUGAGUUUGCGAAGGGUUUGGGGGAGAUGAGUGUAGAGUUUGGUAGAGGUUGUAGAGAUAUAGUGAAGCAGAAUUUUCUAACAGAGGAUUCGUAUGUCGUGAGGAAGUUUAGGGGUCCAUGUGUGAAGGCUUGUGGGAAAUUGAGAUUCCUGAAUGAGUAUUUGCCGGAGGAUCGCGAUCCAAUUCACUCCUGGACUGUGAUAUUCUUCGUUUUCAUUCUUGCUCUUGGAGUUAACUGGUCUGCAGCACUGUAUGCAAAUACUGAAUAUGACACUACUACACCAUUGGUAAAGAAAAUGCGUAUACAUCCUCCUAAUGCUAGUCGUAUAUUGCUACCGGAUGGCAGACACUUGGCUUAUCAAGAGCAAGGUGUUCCAGCUCAGAGAGCAAGGUUUUCCAUGAUUGUUCCACAUUCUUUUCUUUCAUCCCGACUUGCAGGAAUACCUGGUUUAAAAGAUUCACUUCUGCAAGAAUUCGGCAUUCGCGUGGUGACUUAUGAUCUUCCGGGUUUUGGGGAAAGUGAUCCGCAUCCAAAGAGAAACCUUGAAUCAUCAGCUCUUGAUAUGUUACAUUUGUCAUAUGCUGUGGGUAUUACUGAAAAGUUCUGGGUGGUGGGAUACUCGGGAGGUAGCAUACAUGCUUGGGCUGCACUCAGAUACAUUCCUGAUAGACUUGCAGGCGCAGCAAUGGUUGCUCCAAUGGUUAAUCCAUAUGAACCAAGCAUGACUAAGGGAGAGAGGUCUAGAACCUGGGAGAAAUGGACACCAAGAAGGAAACUGAUGUACAUUUUAGCUCACAGAUUUCCUAGAUUACUUUCUUGUCUCUACCGCCGAAGCUUUUUGUCAGGAAAGCAUGGUCAAAUAGACAAGUGGUUAUCAUUGUCGCUUGGAAAUUGGGAUAGAGUUUUGAUAGAGGAACCGAAGUUUGAAGAAUUUUGGCAGAGGGAUGUGGAGGAAUCAGUGCGACAGAGAAAUGUAAAACCAUUUGUGGAGGAAGCUGUCUUGCAGGUUUCAAAUUGGGGUUUCAGACUUGCAGACCUUAAAAUACAGAAGAAACACCGUGGUAAAGGCAUCAUUCAAUGGCUUAAAUCUAUGUACAGUCAGACAGAAGAAGAAUUGACAGGCUUUCUUGGCCCAAUACAGAUCUGGCAGGGGAUGGAUGAUAUGGUGGUCCCACCGUCAAUGACUGAUUUCGUGCAGCGAGUUCUACCAAGUGCUAUGGUGCAUAAGCUCCGUUACGAUGGCCAUUUCAGCUAUUUUUAUUUCUGUGAUGGAUGCCAUAGACACAUUGUCUCUACACUUUUCGGGAACCCUCAAGGCCCGCUUGCUAUUCAAGUGGAUAUAGAUGAUACUCACGUCAAAGAAGAUACUGAAGACACGGGAGAAAUAAACCUCGGCAUUUCUGCCUUGGACUGAUAUCAUUUUUGCAAUUUGAUUCAACAAAUCCUGAUGUAUAUACCAUAGGCUUGCUCCACCAACCGUGGAGCUAAAAGUUCUAAAAUUAGUGUCAUUAGUUUUACUUCAGUAAUAAUAGACCAAUACCAGUUGAUGGGUAGAGUAUACUUGGAAACUUGUAGGAAGACACUUUGGCCGCAAAAAAGAGAACACAAUUCACUCUUGUCAUAUUCCUAUUCACUGCAAUAUUAUAUAAUGACUCCUGAGCUCAAUUAUGCUCAGUUUGGCUAUUAUCAGAAGUGUUAAUGACCUGUGAAUAGAAGAUUAAUUUUGUUUCUGGGAAA